AUGGCUCCCAAGCACAAGACCAGCAAGAUUGUGAAGAAUGCUGCCAACAAUGAUGCUGACCUCGUUGUUCCGGAGCCGCCUUACGUUCAGUGGAUGAAGAAGCGCCAGGAGAAUGGCGAUCGGCGUGGUUGCAUUCGUAACGAAAGCAUGGAAACCCGUAACGGGGAGCCCUUCGGCGAUCCUGACAACCAGGCGUGUGCGGAUCUGGGAACCGGCACGAAUGCAAGCUCCGACUCCGAGCCUGAGGAUUUCGAAGCAUUCGAGAGCAGCGACAGCGAGGCCGACUCUGACGCAUCAAUUGAAUCCGACGACGCGGCCUUGGACAACCUGGCCAGCCCUUCCGAGGUUGAAAAUGAAGGCCACGACCCUACUACCCCGAAUGACAACGCCAAGGGAAAGCGGAAGGCUGACAGGCUCAAGAAGAAGCGGAAGGUCUGGAAGGAGAGCGAGAUGGCGGAGUUGGCUGCCGCGCGCUGGUUCACCCGCGAAGAUCUGAAGGCUAUGAAAGGGAAACAGGGUGCGCAAUAUUGGAAGAAGCUUCGUCGGCACAUCCGGAAGGCGAACCCCGCAUGGACGCGCUAG